AUGGAGAUCGUGUUUGGUCUCGUUUCCUUUUCAAUUGCCAUUGUUUUCUUGGUGUGCCUGUGGAGAAUGCUGAACUGGUGGGCUUGGUUUAGGCCAAGAAAAUUGCAGAAGAUUCUCAGACAGCAGGGUCUUAAAGGGACUGAUUAUAAGUUCAUUUUUGGAGACCUCAAAAAGAUAUCCAAGAGCGUUGAAGAUGCCAAGUCAAAGCCCAUUAACCUAUCAGAUGACAUAUCUCCGAGAGCCUUUCCAUUCUUCAUUGAUGCCAUCCAAAAAAAUGGUGAGAAUUCAUUUGUAUGGCUUGGGCCAGAUCCAUUGGUAUUCAUCAAGGACCCUGAACUUGUAAAGAAUGUCUUCACAAAUCACACUAUCUUUCAGAAGCCUCCUACCAAUCCACUAAGCAAAUUGCUAGCCCAAGGUCUCAUGUUUUGUGAAGAAGAUAAGUGGGUCAAACAUAGAAAAAUCAUCAAUCCUGGCUUUCAAAUGGAGAAGCUAAAGCAUAUGAUACCAGCCUUCUACCUAAGUUGUAGUGAAAUGUUGAGCGAGUGGGAGAAGAAUGUGGGCGACCAAGGUUUAGCUGAGCUAGACGUGUGGCCUUACCUUCAACAAUUGGCUAGUGAUGUGAUUUCACGCACUGCAUUUGGAAGUAGCUAUGAAGAAGGGAAUAAGAUAUUUGAACUCCAAACAGAGCAAGUUGGUUAUGCAUUAGAAGUUUUGAGUUCAAUUUAUAUUCCAGGAUGGAGGUUCUUGCCAACUAAGAGGAAUAGAAGAAUGAAGCAAAUUGAGAAGCAAGUUCAUGCAUCAAUUAAGGAUAUAAUUGACAAGAGAGUGAAGGCAAUGAGAGAAGGAGAAGCUAGUUCAGACGACCUAUUGGGCAUAUUAUUGGAAUCCAAUUUUGAAGAAAUUGAACAACAUGGAAACAAGAAUUUUGGGAUGACCACAAGGGAGGUGAUUGAAGAGUGUAAGUUGUUCUAUUUAGCUGGGCAAGAGACCACAUCUGUGUUGCUUGUGUGGACUAUGGUGUUGUUGAGUAUGCAUCAAGAAUGGCAAGCGCGAGCUAGAGAAGAGGUUUUUAAGUUAUUUGGUAAAGAUAGACCUGAUUUUGAUGGAUUAAAUCGUCUGAAAAUUGUGACAAUGAUUUUAAACGAAUCUUUGAGGUUAUAUCCGCCUGUAACAUUACUCAGGCGACUUACUAAAAAGCAAACAGAGAUAGGAGAUAUAACAUUUCCCCUAGGUGUUCAAAUCGCAAUACCAAUAGUCAUGUAUCAUUACGACGAGAAGAUAUGGGGCGACGAUGCAAAGGAGUUCAAACCACAAAGAUUCAGUGAGGGGGUGUCAAGGGUAACUAAAGGGCAACUAGCAUUCCUCCCCUUUAGCGGAGGACCUAGAAUAUGUAUUGGGCAAAAUUUCGCGAUGCUUGAAGCAAAAAUGACUAUGACCAUGAUUUUACAGCGUUUCUCGUUCGAGCUCUCACCAUCCUAUACACAUGCUCCCACCACUAUCAUAACGCUGCAACCUCAGUUUGGUGCUCCGCUUCUCUUGCGCAAAAUGUAGAUUCAUGCUUGAUUGGAUUAUA